AUGGAUUCUGACUCGGACCCACCUUUUAACUACUCGUGGCCUUCCUUUCCCAAAAUGAGGAUUCGACGGAGGGCGUCCAAGCAAGAUCGCUCCUUUGAUGUCAUUAAGUCCAGGCACCCCGCGCCCUUCCUUGCUGCAGGCCGGCUGUCCGACAUGCUGAACGGGGGCCAUGAAGUCUACGCCAACUGUAUGGUGACAGAUCAGGUUGGUGAUUUGGCUAUUAACUACAUUAAUAUAGAAGGAAUCACUACAAAUACCCACCCUGAACCCGUGGGUUCUGCUCUGGGGCCUCAGAGCGGCAAGCACAUCCUUCCUACUGGAGCCGGCGCUGGCAUGUACCCGCUCAGUGAGAGCAAGGAGGUGACAUCGAGUCCUGAAGCCCGACAGUCCUUCAGGUCACCAGCUAGUUCAUAUGCUUCCAAUUUGAAUCUUUCUUUUGGUCUUCAUGAAUUUGAAAAGGAACAAAGUUGUCUAAAGAAAAGAAGUUCUAGCCUCGAUGCCCUGGAUGCAGACAGUGAAGGGGAAGGGCUGUCUGAGCAGUCCCAUCUCUGUUACGCUCCAGUGUCUCCGAGUUCCUCGAGAACUGGGAUUCCUAGUGGGGAUGAGCUGGAGUCUUUUGAGACCACCACUGAAGCAGAUUUUAAUAUCUCCAGGACUGAGUCACUUUCUUUGUCAAGUAACCUGCAGUCGAAGGAAUCGUUGCUUUCUGGAAUCCGCUCACGUUCUUAUUCCUGCUCUUCACCCAAAAUUUCUUUAGGAAAAACUCAGUUGGUGCGUGAUUUUACUGUGUGUAAUUCAAGUGAAGAGCAAAGAGCUUACAGCUUACCGGAGCCACCAAGAGAAAAAAGAACUCAGGAAGAAGAAUGGGAUAAGUACAUCAUACCUGCCAAAUCGGAGUCUGAAAAAUACAAAGUGAGCCGAACUUUCAGCUUCCUCAUGAACAGGAUGACUAAUCCUCGGAAUAAAUCUAAGACAAAAAGCAAGGAUGCCAAAGACAAAGAGAAACUGAGUCGACAUCACUUUGUCCCUGGAACAUUCUCUGGGGUUCUGCAGUGUUCGGUGUGUGAUAAAACGCUCCUGGGGAAGGAGUCAUUCCAGUGUUCCAACUGUAAUGUGAAUGUACAUAAGGGAUGUAAAGACGCUGCGCCUCCGUGUACCAAGAAAUACCAAGAGAAAUACAAGAACAAACCGCAGACCGUCCUUGGAAAUUCUUCAUUUAGAGACGUCCCACUGCCUGCUCCCUCCUUGCACCCCUCUUCCUCCAUGCCCAUUGGAUUGCCGCCAGGGAGGAGAGAAGCUGCAGGGCAGGGCCCUCCGCUGUCCAGGAGCGUUCCGAGCACCACCUUGGAAAGCUUCAGGAGGUCGGGGACGUCGCUGGAGUCAGAGAGUGACGGCAACACCUGGAGAAGCAGGUCUCACUCUGAUGAGCUGUCACAGUCCAUGGGCUCUUCUCCCUCCUCGGAGUCUUUCCUAAUGGAAGACGUCGUGGAUUCGUCUCUGUGGAGUGACCUCAGCAGUGAUGCCCAGGAGUUCGAGGCAGAAUCCUGGAGUCUUGUGGUGGACCCCUUGUUCUGUAGCAGGCAGGAGAAGGAUGUCAUCAAAAGACAGGAUGUCAUUUUUGAGCUGAUGCAGACGGAAAUGCAUCACAUCCAGACCCUGUUCAUCAUGUCGGAGAUCUUCAGGAAAGGGAUGAAGGAGGAGCUGCAGCUUGACCACAGCACUGUGGAUAAGAUCUUCCCCUGUCUGGACGAGUUGCUGGAAAUCCACAGGCAUUUCUUCUACAGUAUGAAGGAGCGAAGGCAGGAAUCCUGUGAUGGCGAUGACAGGAAUUUCAUCAUCAACCGAAUUGGAGACAUUCUAGUACAACAGUUUUCAGAAGAAAAUGCAGAUAAAAUGAAGAAAAUAUAUGGAGAAUUCUGUAGCCAUCACAAAGAAGCUGUUAGACUCUUUAAAGAACUCCAGCAGAAUAAGAAGUUUCAGAAUUUUAUUAAGCUCCGAAAUAGUAAUCUUUUGGCUCGGCGCCGAGGAAUUCCAGAAUGCAUUCUCCUGGUCACUCAGCGCAUUACAAAAUACCCUGUCUUGGUGGAAAGGAUAUUGCAGUACACAAAGGAAAGAACUGAAGAACAUCAAGACUUAUGCAAAGCCCUUUGCUUAAUUAAAGACAUGAUUGCAGCAGUGGAUUUAAAAGUCAGCGAAUAUGAGAAAAACCAAAAAUGGCUUGAGAUCCUAAGUAAGAUCGAAAACAAAACGUACACAAAGCUCAAGAACGGUCAUGUGUUUCGGAAGCAGGCGCUACUGAGCGAGGAAAGGACGCUGCUCCACGACGGCCUCGUGUACUGGAAAACAGCCACUGGCCGCUUCAAAGAUAUCCUAGCUCUACUUCUAACUGAUGUGCUGCUGUUUUUACAAGAAAAAGACCAGAAAUACAUCUUUGCAGCUGUUGAUCAGAAGCCAUCGGUUAUUUCCCUUCAGAAACUUAUCGCUAGAGAAGUUGCGAAUGAGGAGAGAGGAAUGUUUCUGAUCAGUGCUUCAUCUGCUGGUCCUGAAAUGUAUGAAAUUCAUACCAAUUCCAAGGAGGAACGAAAUAACUGGAUGAGACGGAUCCAACAGGCAGUAGAAAGUUGCCCAGAGGAGGAAGGAGGAAGGACAAGCGACUCUGAUGAAGAGAAGCGGAAAGCUGAAGCACGCGUGGCCAGGAUUCAGCACUGCCAAGAAAUACUCAGUAACCAAGACCAGCAAAUUUGCACGUAUUUGGAGGAAAAGCUGAGUAUCUAUGCUGAACUUGGACAGCUGAGUGGAUUUGAGGACGUCCGUCUGGAGCCCCACCUCCUCAUUAAACCCGACCCCGGGGAGCCACCCCAGGCGGCCUCGUUACUGGCAGCAGCCGUGAAAGAAGCUGAGAGCCUACAGGUUGCAGUGAAGGCCUCACAGAUGGGCGAUGCAUGUCCGUCAUCCGAGGAGGGUUGUGGAGAAUCUGCCUUGACGGAUACGCUCAGUUCUCAGGAUGUGCCAGGACUGCCUACUGCUUCACUAGACGCAGAAGGGGCAGGAGGAAGAGACUGUUGGGACGUGGAUCCCGGGAUCCAGGGUGUGGGCACCGACGUGGCCGUCUCUGAUGCAGGGGAGAAGGUGGAAUAUAGAAACUUCCCAGGUUCUUCACACUCAGAGAUUAUACAAGCGAUACAGAAUUUAACCCGUCUUUUAUAUAGCCUUCAGGCCGCCCUGACCAUCCAGGACAGUCACAUUGAGAUCCACAAGCUGGUUCUCCAGCAGCAGGAGAGCCUGUCCCCCAGCCCCUCUUUCCAAGGCAGCCCCUUGCAGGACCAGGAGAAGCACCGCAGCUUGGAGAAGCCGCGUGAGGAGCUGGCCGACGUCCCCCAGCUCCAGCAUCAGCUGCAGCAGGACCAGCGGCGCUGGCGUCGCGCGUGCGACCAGCAGCAGAGGGAGCAGGAGGCCAAGGCGUGCCGGCUGCAGGAGCGCGAGAGGGAGUGCCGGUCGCGGGAGGAGCUGCUGCUGCGGGGCCGCGGGGAGCUGGACCGGCAGCUCCGGGAGUACCGGCAGAGCCUGGAGCGGCUGCGGGCCGGCCAGCGCCUGGUGGAGCGGGAGCGGGAGCGGCUGCGGGCGCAGCGGAGCCUGCUGUGCGGCUGGCGGCGCGGCCGGCAGCGGAGCCUCCCCGCGGCGCUCGCUCCGGGGAGUACACAGGUAAUGGAAUUCAAUCAAUCUGAGAGCUUAUGUCAUGAAAAUUCAUUCUUCAUCAAUGAAGCUUUAGUACAAAUGUCACUUAACAAUUUCAACAAACCGACUCCAUCAGGUAUCCAUUGGGAUGCCACCUACCCCCCAAAUAUAUCUAACUCAGAUUCGGUAAGGACUAGAGAGAACCAAGUAGACCUCAAGACGGCCAUUUCUCAGUCCUCGGAUGUCAACCACGAACUGUGGAUAGCCGCUGUGUCCUCUCAUCAGAUGCCACCUCUCCACCAAAGCAGCAAGGAUUCUUGUAAAAAUGAUGUGGACAUCUCCCAGCUGGAGUCCCCACCCCCCCACGACUCAGAGCCACACGGCCCCCAGCUGCAGACGUUUAUAGCAGAAGCGAAGCUGAGUCUACAGACAGCAACCAGACAAGACGGGGAAACUGGGGACAGAGCCGAAGAAAAUAUUGUUUACCUCUAAUUGUGGUGUUGUUAUUUUUCCAAACAAAACAAAACACUGGCAUUUUGGGGAGAAAUUUUUUUCCUUUCUUGAUGUGUGUGUGACUGUCUGUGUCCAAACUGCUUUAAGAGUAAUAUUUAAUAUUCUUGCGUGAAAUGAACUUCAUGCAAGUUCAUUUUGGGGGCUUGAGUCUGAUAGUUAAAUUAUUGAAAGCAGCUCUGUUUGUAUAAUCGUUAACUUAUCACACCUAGUUUCUGAUUUCUGGAGGAGAAAUUAACUUGAAUAAGCAGAAAUAUUUUGAAAGUUGGUAUGACUCUAGAGUAAAAUUCCAUCUUGUGUUUUCUAUGAAUCACCUGGUUUUUGAAAUGCCUUUUAAGAUCUA